CCAAAUUGGGCCUCAUUCGUACAACAUGGGGUGCGUCAAGUCGAGUCCGAUCCCUCAAGUGCCGGCCGCGCCGAACGCCCAGAAUGACGGUGCCGUUCCCGCAUCCUCAGCAGCCACAGGGUCUACUGGUGCGCAACUGGUGACGAACGAGCCGCAGCGCCAUGGGUUUGAAGCCAAUUACACGCUGGGCAAGAAACUGGGGGAAGGCACGUUCUCCGUGGUGAAGGAGGGGAUUCAGAAGUCGACGGGCAAGAAGUUUGCCAUCAAGUGCAUCAAGAAGAGUGGGUUGUCCCAGGAAGACUUGGACGCGCUCCACGAGGAAAUCGAUAUCCUCAAGAAGAUGGAACACCCCAACAUCAUGACCCUCUUUGAAGUGUACACUGAAGCGCAAUACUACUACCUCGUCACGGAGUUUAUGCAGGGCGGCGAGUUGUUCGACCGCAUCGUCGAAAAGACGUUUUACACGGAAAAAGAAGCGCGUGACUUGGUCCAAGUGCUGCUUGGUGCGAUCAAGUACUGCCACGACCACAACGUGGUCCAUCGCGACUUGAAGCCUGAGAACUUGCUGCUGACCAGCAAGGACGACGACGCGUAUAUCAAGAUUGGCGACUUUGGGUUUGCCAAGCAGGACUUGAAGGCCGGCCUCACCACCGCGUGCGGCACUCCGGGGUACGUCGCCCCCGAGAUCCUCAAGGGCGAAGCGUACGGCAAGUCGGUGGACAUUUGGAGCAUCGGCGUGAUCACGUUCAUCUUACUCUGCGGGUACCCCCCGUUCCACGACGAGAACCAGAAGCGCCUCUUCACGGCCAUCAAGCUCGGCCAGUACAAGUUUGACGCGCCCUACUGGGACGACGUGUCGGCCGACGCCAAGGACUUCAUCUCCAAGAUGCUGAUCGUUAACCCGAACGACCGCCACACGGCGGACCAGUUGCUCGAGCAUGUAUGGGUCACGGGCGACGAAGUGUCGACGGUGCCGCUCACCAAGGCCAUGGAAGAGCUCAAGAAGUACAACACCCGCCGAAAGUUCAAGGCGGCUGUGCGCACGGUGCAAGUGACGGCGGCGUUAACGCGGGGCUUGGUCCCUCCGCCGCAUGGCAAGGACGCCCCGGGGUCAGACGAUGAGUUGGAAGCUGUCGCGGCCGACGAUGUCAAGGUGAAUGUCCAAGGCGAAGCGCCAGUGGCGGAAGCUGCUGCUGCUACUGGUACUGCUGCUGCUACUGGUACUGGUGAUGCAGUCAAGCCCUAAGCAGAUGACACUACUAGUCUAUGAGGAACGGUGACUAGACACACAGGUACAGCAUCAAUACCGUCCGUGUGUCGUGUGAACGAACACGAGGAAGAGUCCGCUAAUGUCACUUUUACAACUUGUUUUACUCACUCAAAUCUUGGGGCACGCAAUGAGACCAGAACGAGUGUGUGGC